UAUGACGGGAGUCUGGUCGACGUGUCCUCCACAACAACAACAAGAUGACGGCCGGCCUGGUGCUCGCCCUCCUCUGCCUGCUGGUCCCGGCGCACGGCUACUUCAUCACCAUAGACGCGCACGCCGAGGAGUGCUUCUUCGAGAAGGUCACGGCGGGCACGAAACUAGGUUUGGCAUUCGAGGUGGCCGAGGGAGGGUUCCUGGACAUUGACAUCAAGAUAUACAGUCCUGAGGGCAAGACAAUCCAUGAGGGUGAGCGAGAGUCCAAUGGGCGCUACACCUUCCCAGCCAGCAUGGAUGGUGUUUACACCUACUGCUUCUCCAACAAAAUGUCCACCAUGACGCCCAAGCUUGUCAUGUUCACAAUGGAGGUUGGCGAUGACGCCAAGAGUGAACACCACGCAAAUGCUGAAGAAGGCGAGACAGGAGGCAGCAAGAUGGAAGAAAUGAUCAAGGAGUUAUCAGCAGCCCUUUCUGGGGUGAAGCACGAGCAGGACUACAUGGAAGUGAGGGAACGCAUCCACCGCUCCAUCAACGACAACACCAACUCACGCGUGGUGAUGUGGUCGGUGUUUGAAGCCUUAGUGCUGGUGGCCAUGACGAUCGGACAAGUGUAUUAUCUCAAGCAGUUCUUUGAAGUGCGAAGAGUGGUUUGAGUGAAGAACAUUUGUAAUGAUAAAUUAUGGGUGUAUUAAUUUCAUUCAUUCAGAUUAUAAGUUCCCUCUCAUGCAUUAAAUGCGCUUGUUUCUUUAUUAUUGUCAUAGAUAUGAACCGUGUACUUCUGUAUAUUGGUAAUCACUGAUAUAUCUAUUGUGUGCUUUAGCUGUAUUCCUAAAAAAAUCCCUGAAUUAUUUAUUGACAUAGCUGUACAUAAUUGUUAAUGAAAAAUUUAAACCAGUAAAUCCUUUCAGUCUUGAGAUGAAAGUUGUGUGUGAGUGGUUGAGAGUUUGAUAACUAGCUUCAAAGACACUUUUCUAACAGCAAAACAGUUUUCUUUUGUUCAAGAGGGUUUGAAUUAGGUUUCAAGUGCAUUCACCUUCAUAUUUUUUACUUUUUUAAAGAUUAAAAACAUGGAUCUGUUCUUGAUUUUUUUUUAGGUGCCAGAACAUGAAGUAUUAAAGAGGUGGUUUGUGUGAUGCUUACUGUGAGUUUUGUGCUACAACUUAGUAAUGAGCAUCUUCUCUGUUUACAAUAUUUCACUGCUUUUAUUAAAUCUGGUAAUAAU